UUACUCACCAACAUGAUCGCGGAAUGGCUCCACGAACCUCUCCACGAACGUCUCUCGAAGCGCCAGUAGAGGACCUAACGGCAUGUCUUGCAUUGGAGCGGCUUGAUUCCUACGGUAUCAUAUCCAUGGAGGAAGUCGACGAUAUUGAUCUUCCCGAGGAGUUACACCCUUUAGCCCGGCAAGACUGUUUUGAUGGGAUACCGCCUGAAUGGAAUCUUACGUUACAACUAUGCUUACCGAGACAGCAAAAUACGAGAAGAUACAACGAAAGAAAAAGGUCAUGGGUGAGACCUUCCUCAACGCAGCGUCAUUAAACAAGUGGCUCACGGAUCACUUUGACAAGCAAGAAGAGGAGAGUAUGCGAAGACUUUACCUUGACCCCGUCGAGAUUACGCCAGAGGUCACAGAGCGAACAAGAGAGUAUUUAAUAAAGCUAGCCAGCUCUAUCCUUGCUUACUUCAAAAAGCCAGGCAUCGACAAGGAUCCAGCGCUGUAUCGGAGAGCAUGCUUUCAGCUCGCCGUUACUCUGGGACACGAGAUGUCGCACGCUAUCAAUUUCCUCCGCUUCUCUGGGUCGAGAAUCGGUAAGGAUUUCGAAGAUAAGGAGCACAUAUUUCACAGCGUCGGCGACCCGCAGGCUGAAGAAGGCAAUGCUUGGGAAAUGUCCACGUUCGGGUAUUUGAAUGCAUGUUUUCCGGGCACAGAAGACCGUGACGAUGUUGUUCCGAAUUAUGGGCUCAGCGCGCACAACUGGGCGGAGGGUCUAGGAAAUGAAAGUACUUGGGUUGAGAUUGAGAGGACUAAUGAGAUUCCGAAGUUAGAUUUGACAUCAACGCUACAGGCUAGAGCGACACGUAAGCGUCGUUCCAAGACGCUAUUCACAUAUGAGCUUCUUCCUCCACCUGAUCUGCCUGAAACGGUAGGACAGACCAGCACGGCUCAGACCAUCGACCCUGCCGAACGAGAUCGAAGUUCUCAAGACGAGACAGGAGAGGAUGCAACUCGCAUAACGAGAAAACAGAACCGGCGAACCCGUGAAGAGCAAGCAAGAGGCUUUCAACCCCAGGAAAUCAAUACGACUUCAAAACAACAAAACUAAGAGUUCAACAGCAGGGUCUCCGGAGCGUCCUACGGUCUCUGAAUUUACGAACCCUGCGCCGAAAGCGUUGAAGGAUGAUACGAAAGCAUCAAAUAUAUCAACUCCACAGAAAGCUAGUUCUAAGACUAUAAAGGAUGGGGACUCGACGUCAUCUGAGCUUUCUACACCGCUAGACACGGAGUAAGUGUGAAGAUGCUUCAAGUACAGCAAAGAAGCAACCGAUACAGAGGACAAACGGUUGUUCCCAUACAUGAUACAAAGAAGUAUAAAGGUAGGUAAAGCAACUGCAAUUGUCACAUCUCAUGGUAUGUAAUCUUGAAGAUCCAGUACUAUAUUGUUAUUGUAUCGUUAUUCCUCCUUUGUUCCUUUGUCUUGCUUCGUAACACUGCUAUGUAUUUGACUCGUGUGCUUCUUCCAUGCAUUGUCCAGACUGCUAGGUGCUAGAAAUGUUUAGUGCUCUCUCCGUACCGUCAAUCUUUAC